AUGACUACUUACCAGAACCAAGACUUCGAUGCUAAGGGCUACAAUGCCGCCAGGCCUACUUACCCUGAUCUGUUUUAUGAUACUUUGAUGGAGUACCAUAAGUCCAAGGGCAACCCUACCGAGCUAGCAUUGGACGUGGGCUGUGGACCAGGAUUUGUGGCGUUUAAGUUGCUCAAUUACUUUGAAUCGGUCGUGGGAACUGACUUUUCACUGACUAUGAUUGACCAGUGUAAUAAGGACCCACGGGUGGAGUUUUCAGAUAAGGUGAGGUUCUAUGCUACGCCUGCUGAAGAAGCACCUAAGGAUAUUCUUCCGCUGUCUGUGGAUAUGAUUACAGCGGCCGAGGCGUGCCAUUGGUUUGACCAUCCAAAGUUUUUUGCCGAAAGCGCCAGGAUUCUUAAAUCAGGUGGUACUUUGGCUUACUGGUUCUACUUUGACCCUGUUUUCGUGGGUAACCAGAAAGCUACUGACCUUGUGGUGGAGUACUCUUACGAUUCGUCUAAAAAGAAGUAUGGCGAUUCGUAUGAACGUUUCUUUGGACCGUACUUUGACCAGCCAGGCCACGAUAUCUUCAGAACGACCUUAUCCCAUAUCAGUCCGCCUGAAUCUGAGUUUACUGAUAUUGUCAGACACUACUACCACCCACAUGAAAACCCUGACGGCCCCAAGUACACUUCCUUGUACAUUGAAAGAAAGAUCUCGUUGAACACCUUCAGAGGCCAAGCCAAGAGUUGGUCAGGCUACCACAAUUGGAAGAGAGACAAUCCAGAUAAGCCAGACGCUGCAGAUGAGCUUAUUGAUAAGUUGGCCGAGGCGUUAGGCGUUGAUCUCGACACGCCUUUGCAAGUUGUGUUCCCUACAGUGUACACUUUUGCCAGAAGGAAGUAG